GUGGACCUAACACCGCCUUACUUUCUGGACAUGGGAGACAUGGGGGACCCACCGAAAAAAAAGCGGCUCGUUUCGCUGUGCGUGGGCUGUGGGAAUCAGAUCCACGACCAGUACAUCCUGCGCGUGGCUCCAGACCUCGAGUGGCACGCGGCGUGUCUGAAAUGCGCCGAGUGUAACCAGUAUCUGGACGAGUCGUGCACGUGCUUUGUCCGGGAUGGCAAGACCUACUGUAAACGUGACUAUAUUAGACUUUACGGAAUCAAAUGCGCCAAAUGCAACAUCGGCUUCAGCAAGAACGACUUCGUGAUGCGCGCGCGCUCCAAGGUCUAUCACGUGGAGUGUUUCCGGUGCGUGGCGUGCAGCCGGCAGCUGAUCCCGGGUGACGAGUUCGCGCUGAGGGAGGACGGGCUGUUCUGCCGCGCCGAUCACGACGUGGUGGAGCGAGCCAGCAUGGCACCUGGAGAGCCGCUCAGCCCCCUGCACCCGGCCCGACCUCUACAGAUGGCAGCAGAGCCAAUCUCCGCGCGACAACCGGCGCUGCGACCGCACGUGCACAAGCAGCCCGAGAAGACGACGCGCGUGCGCACGGUGCUAAACGAGAAGCAGCUGCACACCCUGCGCACGUGCUACAACGCGAACCCGCGGCCGGACGCGCUCAUGAAGGAGCAGUUGGUGGAGAUGACCAGUCUCAGUCCCCGGGUCAUCCGCGUCUGGUUUCAGAACAAGCGCUGCAAGGAUAAGAAGCGCAGCCUGCUGAUAAAGCACCUACAGCAACAGCAGCCCAACGACAAGACGAACAUCCAAGGCAUGACGGGGACUCCGAUGGUGGCCACCAGUCCUGAGAGACACGACGGCGGGUUGCAGGCAAACCCGGUGGAGGUGCAAACUUAUCAGCCACCAUGGAAAGUCCUGAGCGAUUUUGCACUCCAGAGCGAUAUUGACCAACCAGCCUUUCAGCAACUGGUGAGCUUUUCAGAAGGAGGACCAGGCUCGAAUUCAACAGGGAGUGAAGUGGCAUCAAUGUCCUCGCAACUGCCAGACACACCCAACAGCAUGGUGGCCAGUCCCAUCGAGGCCUAGACGAUUCGGAUUAAAGUUCUGGAAGGAGACAAGUCUGGUUCUCGCCAAGGUUCUCGAGUACCCCGUUUCUGACUGAGGUUACGCUCCAAAAUAAAAGAGACAGACCUGCAGUUUGGCGAGGCAUCUUCAUCCAAACGAGCCCUUGGUCACGUUUAUACACUGUGAUGACAAUCGUGGGAACGAAAGAGUGAACGCUCGAGUGAACGGACAGUCAAGGAGAACAUGAGCUCGGCCGGGGGGGUCACCAACACAGGAACCGGACCUAGAACCGGCCCAAAAUACUGUGCGGUAUUACUGUGGAACCGGUGAGCUACACGUUUGCCAAAACAGCCCGAUACCUGUUUCGAGACUUUUGGGACGUAUGAAUCAAUACAGCUCACCAUGGACGGUCCAACCGAAUCACUGAUUUGGUAUCGGUUCUCCCAAACUGCGAUUCAUUUCUGAGUGAGGACGCGUGCAGACGGAUGUACCCGCUUUUAUUAGACCUACACCCCAUUUUUUUGUUACAUGGUCUUUUCUGAAGCCCAAGUAGGCUACUAAAGCAUUGCAACAAGGUAUACCUCUAUCCGACCACAAGCUGAGUGGGAACUUUACGUGUAUGUGUCAGUCCGAGAUUAUUAUUAUUAUUAUUAUUAUUAUUAUUAUUAUUAUUUUCUUUCCAAAGAUGUGUAUAGUUUUAAGUUAAAGUCAAGCAGAGAUUGUUUUUUUCGUUUAUUCAUGUAUUACAAAAAAUUAUUUAUUAUUUAUUGUCCAACAACAUGCCACUUUUGUGUAUCUUUUAAUUG